AUGUCAUCAUUCUAUGAAGCUGAUGAUGGCGAUGUUUCAGCUACAUUUACAAUACGAGCACCAUGUGUUCCAUCUAAAUCAUCACCAUCAAUAAAUAUAAUUAAUGAUAAUAAUGAUUAUGAUGAUGAUGAUGAUGAUGAUGAUGAAGAUGAGGAUGAUAUUCAAUCAUCAAGUUCCAUUGAUGAUGUUACUUUCUUCAAAGAAUUCUUGGAGAAAGCCCGAGAGGAAUUCAAGCAGCGAUGGGAAAACCCAGCUCAGAACACAGCGUCAUUAGAUGAUUUUGACCGAAUUAAAACGCUGGGAACUGGCUCUUUCGGGAGAGUAAUGCUUGUAAAGCAUAAGCAAAGUGGAAACUAUUAUGCCAUGAAGAUAUUGGACAAACAGAAGGUAGUAAAGCUGAAGCAGGUGGAACAUACACUCAAUGAAAAACGUAUAUUGCAAGCAAUCGACUUUCCAUUCUUAGUUAACAUGCAGUAUUCAUUUAAGGACAAUUCCAAUCUUUAUAUGGUCCUAGAGUUUAUAUCCGGUGGAGAGAUGUUCUCGCAUUUGCGAAGGAUUGGAAGAUUUUCUGAGCCUCAUUCACGUUUUUAUGCUGCUCAAAUUGUGCUAGCUUUUGAAUACUUACAUUCUCUGGAUCUUAUUUAUCGUGACUUAAAACCUGAAAAUCUUUUAAUUGACAGCACAGGAUACUUAAAGAUCACAGAUUUUGGUUUUGCUAAGCGAGUCAAAGGCCGAACAUGGACUUUGUGUGGCACUCCUGAAUAUCUGGCACCUGAAAUUAUCUUAUCAAAAGGUUAUAACAAAGCUGUUGAUUGGUGGGCACUUGGUGUACUUAUCUAUGAAAUGGCUGCCGGAUAUCCACCAUUCUUUGCUGAUCAACCAAUCCAAAUAUACGAAAAGAUUGUCAGUGGAAAGGUCAAAUUUCCAUCUCAUUUCUCAAAUGAGUUGAAAGAUUUACUCAAAAAUCUUCUGCAAGUUGAUUUAACAAAACGUUUUGGAAAUUUAAAGAACGGUGUUGCUGACAUCAAGAACCAUAAAUGGUUCGGAAGUACGGAUUGGAUUGCUAUUUAUCAACGAAAGGUUGAAGCUCCUUUUUUGCCAAAAUGUCGUGGUCCGGGUGAUGCCUCUAACUUUGAUGAUUACGAAGAGGAGCCGUUACGUAUUUCUGGAACAGAAAAAUGCUCUAAAGAGUUUGCUGAGUUUUAA